AUGGCGUCCAAAAAUAUUAUCGUUAAGUUCAGUGAUGGAAGGAAAUGCCCACAACUGGGACUGGGCACUUGGAAGUCCAAGCCAGGUGAAGUGAGUCAGGCGGUGAAGGAUGCCAUCGACAUCGGCUACAGACACAUUGACUGUGCGUUCGUGUACGGAAAUGAAAAGGAGGUUGGAGAUGCUAUCACUGAGAAGAUUAAAGAAGGAGUUGUUAAAAGAGAGGAUCUGUUCAUAACGUCCAAGUUAUGGAACACUUUCCACCGACCGGACCUAGUGCGAGGAGCUCUCAUGAAGAGUCUGCAGAACCUCAACUUGGAAUACUUGGACCUCUACCUCAUACACUGGCCUCAAGCAUAUAAGGAGGAUGGAGAAUUAUUCCCAGCGGAUGAGAACGGCAAGAUUCAGUUCUCUGACGUAGACUACGUUGACACCUGGAAAGCUCUGGAACCGCUGCAGGCUGAGGGUCUGGUUAAAAGCCUGGGAGUUUCCAACUUUAACUCGCGUCAGCUAGACCGAGUUCUGGAAAUCGCGAGCAUCAAACCCGUGGUCAAUCAAGUGGAAUGCCACCCAUACUUGAUUCAGAGGAAGUUGAAGGAGUUCUGCUCCUCCCGGGGAGUGAUGCUAGCGGCGUAUUCCCCGCUGGGUUCCCCUGAUAGGCCGUGGGCGAAGCCCGAUGAGCCUCGACUAUUGGACGAUGCUCGACUGAAAGCUAUUGCGGACAGACUCGGCAGAACCGUGGCGCAAGUAUUGAUUAGGUAUCAGUUGGAGCGCGGUAACAUCGUGGUUCCCAAGUCCGUCACUCGUUCUCGUAUUGAGUCCAACUUCUCAGUACUAGACUUCCAGCUGUCCAAAGAAGAUUUGGAACUAAUUGACUCGUUCGAUUGUAACGGACGCUUCGUGCCCAUGACCGCAUCCCUCGGCCACAAACACCAUCCUUUUGAGAACGAUGAGUUCUAA